AUGGGUCAGACACUCAGUGAGCCCGUGGUCGAGAAGAAAUCAGACGAAGGCCAAGAUGACCGAGUCGCCUUCGGCGUCAGCGCCAUGCAGGGCUGGCGGAUAAGCAUGGAGGACGCCCACGCCGCGGUCCUGGACUUACAAGCGCUGGAAGACGGCGAGGAGCUGAAGCCCGCGGACAUCGACGUGCGGAUAUCGUAUUUCGGCGUCUAUGACGGACAUGGAGGCGACAAGGUGGCGCUGUAUACGGGCGAACAUCUGCACAACAUCAUCGCGAAGCAGGAGAGCUUCAAGAACAAGGACUUUGAGCAGGCGCUGAAGGAUGGGUUUCUGGCGAUUGAUCGGGCUAUACUUAGUGAUCCAAAGUACGAGGAGGAAGUCUCUGGCUGCACGGCUUCCGUGGGCAUCGUCACGCACGACAAGAUCUACGUGGGCAACUCUGGCGACUCGAGAUCGGUGCUGGGUAUCAAGGGCCGCGCGAAACCACUCUCAUUCGACCACAAACCGCAGAACGAAGGCGAGAAGGCGCGUAUAUGUGCAGCGGGCGGCUUUGUUGACUUCGGCCGUGUCAAUGGCAACCUCGCGCUCAGCAGAGCGAUCGGCGACUUCGAGUUCAAGAAGAGCGCAGACCUACCUCCGGAGCAGCAGAUCGUCACAGCCUUCCCGGACGUGACGGUGCACGAGUUCACAGACGACGAUGAGUUCCUGGUCAUUGCAUGCGAUGGCAUCUGGGACUGCCAAUCCUCACAAGCUGUGAUCGAGUUCGUACGAAGAGGCAUCGCAGCCAAACAAGAGCUCCACGCAAUCUGCGAGAACAUGAUGGACAACUGCCUCGCAUCGAACAGCGACACGGGCGGUGUAGGCUGCGACAAUAUGACUAUGGUCGUGAUUGCGCUGCUGAAUGGGAAGUCGAAGGAAGACUGGUACAAGAUGGUUGGAGAUCGCGUGGCGAACGGAGACGGACCAUGCGCUCCUCCAGAAGGACCUGGCACACAUCAUCACUUCGACGACUCACCUGACGACUAUGAGAUGGAUAUGGAUCAGCGGACGCGCUUCAUUGGUGGCAGACAGGGGCGCAUCAUUCUACUUGGCGACGGCACAGAGAUUUCUGUGGGAGGACCUCACGACGACGAUGGCGAUAUCGAUAUGGAGGACCGAGGUGAAGCUGAGGAGGCGGAAGAGAAAGAUCUGGACGAGCAGGUACAGAAGGAUGGAGCAAAUCCUUCCACAAACGGCGAAACGGACAGGAGUACACGGGAAGAGACACCAGCACCAGGCUCAUCGCUAGACGGUAGAGACACAGCAUCUGCAGAGAAAGUGGAGGAGGCGAGUAAGCAGCAGGAGGAAGGCGGCCAGCAGAGUGAGCCGAAGAUGUCUGCCGCUACGGACUCGGCGGAUACAGAGACUACCAAGAACGCCGCGGAACACAAGGAGUCGAAGUAG